UCUUCAUCUUCAUUUUUCAUCUUCGUUCUUCAUUUUUCCACCUUCAAACCAUUAUUUUCUGACCACUUCAAACACCAACCUCACAGGUUCUCCCAACAUGAAUCUCUGUAACAGCAACGUCACACUCCAAAUCAUUGUCAUUCAUAGCCAAAACCUUUGUAUUAGCAACCUUAGAUUCCGAUUCUAUGGCGUUCUUCGUCCAAACCUUUCUAAUGGCGUUUUCCGAUUCAAUUGCUCAUCGGAUAUAACAACACAAUUAUCAAGAGAUUUGCAACCUCAGAUUCCGACAUUCGUAUUGAAGACACAGUUGCUAAGUUACCUUUGACAAGUUGAAGAUUGGGGUUGUAAAUAAGCUUCACCAAGGACUCUUGGAGCUGGUUUGUCUAGUUUCUUCCUGAUGACAUUGGUGGAGAGAGUAGGUGGCGCUUCAUGUCUGAUUAGCAAAAGGGAAUAAUGCAAGUAUUUGAGGAAUAAUGUACUGAUAUUGAGCAGGAAAAUUGAUGCAUUUAAAAGUAGUCUAAAAUUGUGCAUAUAUGAGUCCCAAUAGUGUUGAAUAGAGGUGAAGCCAACCUGAAACCGCUCAAGUCAGACGUUAGUUCAAUUCAGUUGUGCAUGGCCAGAUAACACAGGUUUUGGUAAGAUAUAAUUACUCUUUGGAAGCACUUUCACUUGCAACAAGCAACAAGUAACAACUACUCAUUUGCAGCCCAUUUUUCUACCAUGGAAUCAAUGAAAUCAAUCGGCAUGGCAAGAUCCCUUGAGGAGGUGGUAGAAUUAAUAGAUGUGAGAAUAAUGUACAUGGAUGAUAACUUUGAGGAGUUUGAAUGGUUAGAGUCAAGCAAUGUGGAAGAAGUAAUUGGUGAUGUUGCCGCAAGGAAAACAUGGUGCCUUUGGAAGAUAGAAGUAAAUGAUCCCAAGAUUAUGGAGAAAAUUGUUCUGCAAUUACCUCAGUCAGUGAUAAAGACCUGUGAUUUAAUAGGAAACAGUUGUAUAGAGCUUGUUGAUUCUGCGAUCGGUGAUAGUUGUCUUUGUGAUCUUCACACAAGUAUGAAGUAGGAUUGUAUGGAGAAGUUCAUGCGGCUAAAAAAAGGAGAUGUGUUGGGAUUUAGCAUCAAAUAUCCCCCGGCUAGACGCAUGACCGUGACUUGUUUGUACCGUUGAAUCCAAAUAUUAUCGUUUUUAGAUGUAUUGCUUUAUUUUUUUAACAAGGAUGUAUUUAUUUUUUUGAACAAUGAUGUAAUUUAGUUUUUGGAAGUGUUAUGUGAUUGUAUAUCUUGUUGAACCAGUGUUAUGUGAUGUACUAAUUGUUACGUUUUUAUGAAUUUCUUGUAUUUAUUGUUGUCCAACUUAUAUGUUAAACAAGUGUUAUGUUAAACUUUGUUUGUCUAAAAACUUUGGUUAAUUUCCUCCUUGUGUAAGGUUUUUACGUGAGAACUUUGUUUGUCUAAAAACUUUGGUUAAUUUCUUCCAUUGCUUGAUUAAUUUAUAAAUCAAUUCUUCACAACACCUUAACCAACGUUCCAUUACAACAAUUGCAUAUAAUGACGACAUACUUACAUGUUGUUAUUCAUGUUGUUAUGUCAUUAAUAUUUUACCAAUUAUGAUCCUACAUUCCUUAAACAUACAUCAAGUAAUUUGUAAACUCAAGUAAUUUCCAAAGCUGCUUUUAAAUAUUCUCCUGUAUUUUGCCUUUACUAACUAUCCCAUUUUGUCAUCUCA